AUGCAAGAUCUUGACGGGUGUGGAUGUGACAUCCUGCCAGGACCGGGUUCGUCCUUUCUCCAGCGACUCAUCGGAUGGCUUCCUAAUUUGAUUAUGAUUCACUUUAAUAAAAUUUAAGUCUAAUACAACAUUGAACAAAAUUACUAUCUACGGCAAAAUAUAAUGAACACGAACGUUUUUUUGAAUAUCUCGAACAUGGAAGCAGCUAUCGAUCUGCAGCUUUCACCAUUGAAUACGCAAAGUAGGGGAAAAUACAAUGAUAUCAAAUUCAUUAGUGUUGAAAAAAAUAUUGUGGUCUUUGGAAACUUGAACUAGAAUCGGACUUCCGCAAUCCAGGAUCUUUCGUUAGAUUCUGAGUUUGAAAAAUGGAUUAGAUCUAUGGUAUGUUGCUUUGUAUUUUUUGUAAGUUUAAGAAUUUUACCCUUUCACAUUCAUCUAUUCGAUAGCACCUAAUAAUCACAUGUUCAAUCACUCAAAAUUCGCCGUUCUUUUUUGGAAAAAUAAACAAAAACACAUUUUUAAAGAAUCAAAUGAUUCUGUUUUUUAUUGAAAUUUACUAAUAUCCUGUAUAUAUGAUCGGACCAAGUAACAACAUCAUACUCACGUGUGUAUGCAAAAGAAUAAAUCAGAAAGGCGCAGCAUAAUAGUUUAGUGCAGAGAACAAAAGGAGGAAAAUAGGCCU